CAGAAGUUCAAACAUUUCCUUUAGCCAAGUAUCAAAGUUAGCAGACUACUAUAUGAUUAAUCUGUGGAUUUCUCGUUUGUCAACCACAUCAGGGGUCAAAAAAAGAACAAAAGCAGAUUUGUCGCUGUGACUUUGACUAAUUGGUUCCCUGAUCGAUAUAUACAUCAUGGAUGAUUUACAAAAUUACAAGCUACAGCUUCAGCAGGUGGAAGCAGCUCUUACGACAGAUCCUGAUAAUGAGGAGUUGAUAAAACUGAAAUUUGAUCUGAAGGAAGUAAUAAAGCUGACACAUGAUUUAAUUAAGUCACAACAACAGGAAAAGAGACAAGCUAAUGGCAUGGAUGCUAAAGAUCCUAUUUUGCUUGCAGUUCUAGCUAAUAAAUGGAAGGUUGGUGAUCAGUGUAUGGCACCUUGGAGUGAAGAUGGCAAAUAUUAUGAGGCUACUAUAGAUUCAAUAAGUGAAGAUGGAGUUGUAAAUAUAACAUUCAAUGAAUACAAGAAUACCGACGUCACGAUGCUUAGUCAAUUAAAGUCUGUUGCUAAAAGGCCAGCAUCAGAUUGGGCAGACCAAAAAUCAAAAAAGAUGCAAGCAGCUGCGGUUGCAGGCUCUGAUCCAAACAAACAAAGAGAAUACUUGAAAAAAAAGAAACAGAGAAAAUUACAACGGUUUAAAGAAUUAGAAGAAGAACGUGAGUUGGAAAAAAACAAGUGGCUAGCAUUUACUAAUAAGUCUUCAAAGAAAGGCGUUAUAAAGAAAAGUAUCUUUGCAACACCGGAAAAUGUGAACGGUCGCGUAGGAAUUGGCACUUGUGGAGUCAGCGGACGGGAGAUGACAAAGUUCAGUAACGGAGAAAAGUGGAGACGAGGAGCUUAAAUGAUUAAAUUGUAAAUAGACAAAGUUAUUGUAAGAAGUAACUUGUGGUAAAAACUAUAAUUCUACAAAAGUAUUGUUAUACUGUACCGAAGAUUUGUUUACGAAUAUUUGGUAUACGUUAAUACUUUAACUUAUAAAAACAAUUGACUUAUAGUUGUGAACAUGAUUGCGCGUAAUUAUAAGAGUGGACGUUGCAUUGUUUUUUGGUGUGAGGUGAACAUACAUCCAUUUAUAAAUAUAUAAAAACUUUCGGAUUUUUUUGGCACAAUUAAACAAAUGCAGUGAAUGAAUGUGUUUCUAGAUGAAUAUGUUUCUGUGGACACAUGAUUUGUUUACAAAAAUACACUGAUAUAAAUAAAUAUAUAUAUUUUAACGUGAGAAAAAGAAAGGAAAGACUUUUUCUUGAGAUAUCUCUGCUUUCAAAACAGGAUAUUUAUGCAUUAUGACUGUAAGAUUGAACGAGUACGAUGCUAAAAUUAGUGGUCCGAGAUCUUUAAAGAGAAAAGUUGCAUUCGCAUUGGUCAAUUGGCCAAAUGCUUUUACUCAUUCGAGAUCUCGAACCGAUUUCAUUUUGUGGCCCAUAAAAGAAUCCUUAGAACAUAUACAGGGUGUCCCAUAAUUGCCGUUUCACCACUCGUAGGCAUGAAGAAAG